AGCCUGGAUUUCUGGAGGCUGCUCUAUGUUCUUCUGAAAGAAAUCCAUGGAGAGAAGUGGACAGAGUCUGAUGCCAUAGAUAAGCAAAUUAGGUUUGUAAAGUCAGCCCUGUGGUACCACGGCUACGGCAGGCCAGAACUCUCUCGGCUCCCCUCCGACGGCUCAGCGGGUAGUCGGGAGCUGCUGCUGGCCUUUUCCUGGCUGCUGCACAGGCUCAGCCUCCUGGAGCAGCUUUUGGCUCGGAACAGAGUAAAGACUGGGGAUGAAACCUCUGUGUGCACGUGUGAAGAUCUGCAUAACAGCCAGAGAGGUACAACUGAAAUAGCACAUGAAUGUGGACUAGAAGACACAGUAGAUGUUCGAUACCUUCAGUGGUUGAAUGGGAGGCUGAGGUUCCAGUGGCGGAGUUUGCAUGCUCAGCACCAAGAGCAAUGCAAACUUCUGCACAAGAUCCAUUUAUUUACUAGUGGCUCCCAUAUGGACCAGACCCUUGGACAUUUUUCUGUUACAGAAACAGAAGUCAUUAGACAACCGGAGAAGCACAAGCAG